AUGGCGAGUGCAGCUAGGUAUUUCAGAAUGGCUUCUCCAGGAGAAGCUGCUGAGGCAGUGAAGGUGGCCAUUGAUGCGGGGUACCGGCACUUUGACUGCGCUUACUUAUACCACAACGAGAAUGAGAUAGGAGCAGGAAUUCGACACAAGAUCAAGGAGGGUGUCGUGAGACGAGAGGACCUGUUUGUUGUCAGUAAGCUGUGGUGCACCUAUCAUGAGCCGUCCUUGGUGAAAAUGGCAUGCAAAAAGAGUCUGAAGGCCUUGAAGCUGGAUUACUUGGAUCUGUACCUGAUGCACUGGCCAAUGGGCUUCCAGCCUGGAGAAGAAGAUGUCCCUUUGGAUCUCAGCGGUGUAGUUAUACCUAGUGAUACAAGCUUCUUGGAAACAUGGGAGGCCAUGGAAGACUUGGUGAUUAAAGGACUCGUGAAGGACAUUGGUGUGUCAAACUUCAAUCAUGAACAGCUUGAGAGACUUUUGAAUAAGCCUGAUUUGAAGUUCAAGCCAAUAACUAACCAGAUUGAGUGCCAUCCAUAUCUUACUCAGAAGAAUUUGAUUCGCUUUUGCAAAGCCAAAGAUGUGUCUGUGACUGCUUACCGUCCUCUUGGUGGCUCGAGGGAGGGAACGGACUUGCUGAAUAACCCCACGAUUCGGAGAAUUGCAAAUCACUAUAACAAGUCAUGUGCUCAGAUUCUGAUCAGGUUUCAGAUCCAGAGGAAUUUGAUAGUGAUUCCCAAGUCUACCAACCCAAAGCGGAUUCAAGAAAACAUCCAGGUGUUCAAUUUUGAAUUAACAGAGAAUCACAUGGAUGAAAUCAUGAGUCUUAACAGGAACCUUCGAUUGGCCACAUUCCCCACAACUGAAAGCCACAAAGACUAUCCUUUCCACAUAGAUUUCUGAGAGAGCAUCUCUUCUGGCUGCUGCUCUGCUCACACAAAUCGGAAGGUUGGCACCAUUGAGCCACCUCUGCAAGGCUCUGCAGUUGCCAUAGACCAGCGUUAGCCAGGGAUGGGACAACAGAGUGAGUGUCAGGGGAUGCUUGCCUGGAGCAGAGCCUGCUUCUCCGAGAAAUUCAAAGAACUAAGUGUCAUCUAAGUAACGGAAAGAGUGUAGUUCCCUGAGGACUUGGGAACUGUCCAGGGAAUCCCCACAGUUCUGAAGGAUCAUGUAAUGCCAGUUAGUCCAUGUGGCUUCUAAGCUCUAAAAAAAGACAUCCUGCUUCCUAGAUGGAGAGGUAGCAGCACACCCUCUAUGUGAUCUUAAAGCAAAAUCCUUACCUGUAUGGAAAGGAAACUGGUAAAUCUAGAGCUCCAUCUUCGUCAAAACAGAGAUUUUUUUUCUUAUUUUAAAAUCUAAAUUUUAAUUUUUAAUACUAUUUUUAAAUAAGGUCUUCUGGUAAGUCAAAUUAUUCCUGUGGAAACCCCAAAUCAGAGAGGAAAUAUGGCUCCUGCCCCCCAUACCCCCUGGUGUAGCCUAUCCUCCGGCAGGAAGCGGCCUCCCAGGUGAGCCGAGUGUGAGGCACUGAGUGCUGCCUUGCUCAUCCCUCAGAGUAUCUGGCCUCGUUCUACACUCAGUUCCAUACCAACUCUCUGGGGACCCUAGGGGAUAGAACUUCUGUCACUGACCUCAGGCUCCUAGCCAGGGAAGUUAAGAAGAAAGAAUGUCCAUUGUCUGCCCCACAGUGCUCCUUAUGGCCUCUCCCCCUUCACGUGUCUCCACUUCCAUCUUAGUAUGAGCCUGUCAGCAUUUCUGGUGCAAGACUCAGGGUAGGCAGGGUGUGAUGUCCCAGCGGCUAUAGGAGCUGGAUAGGGAUGGCUUCCCUCCAUGUCUGUUUCCAUUCCCAUCUUAUCCCUAUUGGGCCAACUGAGUUAGGAGAGUAGGUUCUGUAGUCAGAAAUGGUGACUUUCAAGCUCUAUGAUACUGAGCAAAUGAGUUUGCUUUCCAGAGCCUCAGUUUCUGCAUCUGUUCAAUAAGAGCAGGCUAUUGCUCAUAUAGAUUGUCUCCUAGAGGUAGGAAUAUCCUGGCUCUGGGCCCCAAGAGAGGGUUUUGCUACAAAAAGACAUCUAUUACUAAUACAACAGCCUCAUGUGAGAAUAAUCAUGGCAGAGGUAGAAUUUGGGGUCAGUUCUGUAUGGAUUGACCAAAUCUCCAAGGAAAAGUUUAAUAAAAAGGCUAUCUUUAAAGACCCUGGGGAGUGGAGGGAUAUUUGGGAGUCUCCUACCACCUGCAUAUUCUCAGGCAGUGUCUAACUACUCCUUCCCUGCUCCACAUCCAUGCACUUUAAAAAUUUUUCCAGGUCCAUGAAAAUUUUGACCAAGGCAUAAGAGUAGUUAUGAAGACAGAUAGAACCAUUUUAUUACCCUAAGCAAUAAUCAGCCAGGCAAACUUAAAAUAUAACUGUUAGGUGUUUAGGAUGCCAUGCAACUGGGCAAAACCCAUUCAUUGGAAGUUUUUUUUUUUUUUCUUUUUCCUUUUCCGAUCUUAGCUGAAAUGCCAAGAGAAAAACUUUUAAGUGGAUUUGUGUUUCAAUUUGUAUUUAUUUUAAUAGAAGAAAAAAGGAAAGAAAAUAUAAAACAGAGAAAAAAGAGAGAGGUAUUAUUGGAGUCAAUUCUUAACCUGCUCACUGCUUGAAAGCCAAUAUUUAGGAGAGGAGAAUUGGUGCAGAGGAAAUCAGGUUUCAUCAAGGGCAGCACCUGCCCCCAAAAGACCAUUUUAGAGAACCUAGGUAUGUCCCAGGGCUUUUAUAGGGUAGGAAAGGAGGUGCAGCAGUGGGACAACAGGCAGGAAGGCUGUUGGAUGGGGUCUUCAUCACCGUGGUGUGUCUUUCCUUCUCUCUCUUUUUUUUUUUCUUUUAUUCUUUCUGGCUAGGACACCACAAUUGACCUUGACCACCUUAGGCUAGUUUGUUCAGUUAUUUACACAAAUAUGUUACUUUUCUGCAAGUUAAACAUCUCAACAGUUUAUGGAUUGUGUGCUAGUUGAUGCUCAGGAUUGCAGCAUAAGAAAGGGUGUUCUACAUUCUGAUGUUAUCCAAAAGUGCACCCCAUGUUCUGGGGUCUGUAAAUCUGAAGAAAGAUUAUUUAGCCAGUAACAUCUAGAUCAUUUAGGUGCAGCUUUUCUUUAGAAUUUAGGAUGUCAGAUAAAGGGAGAAUGUUGUGGUUUAGAUCUGGAGUGUCCCCAAAAGCUCAUGUGUUAGGCAUUGUAGCAUGUUCAGAGGGCAAAUGACUGGAUCUCUCUAGUGGAUUAUAAUUUGACUCCACCUACUGGGAGGUGGUGAAUACUACUGGCUGGGGCAGUGUGGCCUUGGGGUUUAUAUCUUCCCCUGGGUGCUUCCUGUCUCUCCACCCAUCCCAGCUGCCUUGAGCUGAGCAGAUUUCCCCACCACACCCUCUGCCUCAUGUCUGCCUUGCAGCCAGCACACCAUGGACUGAAAUCUCUAAAACCGAAGCCAAAAUAAAUCUUCCCUUCUCUAA